CUUCCGAGGUCGUGGAAUGUUUUGUUGCGUUCAGAGUUGUGCUUUGUAACGUUGUUUUUAUUUUUUAUAUAUAUAUAUAUAUUUUUUUUUUAUCAGUUACACUGCUUAGAGCACCAUAAAAGCACAUUAUUUUCCAGACACAGUGACCAUAUUGGCGGUUUGUUGGACCUCUGGGACGUUUAAAUGGAAAAUUAUAGCGUACGGAGUUAGCAGCUAAUGUAGCUAACGUUAGCUGUAUGUGUUGAAGAAGCUAACUUCACGACUAGCCUGCAGGAUGUCUAAACUUGAGCGUUUGAAUGCCCGUGUGGCCAAACUACUGACAGAAGCAGUGCAGGAGGUUCUGGAGGUGGUGAAGGAGACGGUGUCCGAGUACCAGGCCAAAACUGCCAGAACACAGAGAGAGAAUGAGAGUCUGAGGAGGAGACUGCAGGAGCUUCAGGACAGGAUACCCAAAGAAAGCACUCCUGUUCUACCUACAAGUGGGCCAUUACUUGAAGCUAAAGAAGACGCAGACAAUCACGAGCAGGAUUUGAGCCUCAGUCAGAGGCUUAAUUCAGAUGUCUCUGUAAUGCAGCAAAAUGUGGUAAACAGCCACAUAGUUGAUGUAAAGAAGGAAUCCAAGCAGCCGGACAGCCACAGUGAUACUCAAUCGCAAACUGACUGCAGAUUGGCACAAAAAUCCCCAGAACCUUGCACAGCACAGCCAGAUGUUAUCAAGGAUGCAGCGACUGGCCACACAUCACACAGUGCAAACAGGGACACCAGCUCAGUCUCAUCAAAUAACGUGUGCAGCUCUUACUCCAGCAGUCUGUUUGGGGUAAACUUGGCUGCCAUCAAAAGAGAAUCAGGACCAGCAGAUUGCACAACAUCAGAGCAACCAUCUGCUCCAGAACAAUACCCCGGAUGUGUGGAUUUAAGCUGCAGCUCUUCUCGUCACACCGCUGCAGAAACCCAGAGGCCACAAGUUAGUGCAGAAUCUUGCGGACUUGUUUUUGUCCAUUCAAAUCACACCACACAUAGAAGGUACGGAUUUACAAAAACCAGCAGGGCCGCUGGUGAUGGGAGACAAAUCAGGAUGGAACAUCUCAGGAGAGAUGAGCUACACCUGUGUGUUGUUUGUGGAAAAACAUUCAGCCGGGUUGGGAACUUAAGAAUCCACCAACGUUGUCACACAGGAGAGAAGCCAUAUGGCUGCGUGCAGUGUGGGAGGCGAUUCAGUCAGGCAGGAGACCUGAAAAAACACAAGAGGGUCCACACAGGGGAGAAACCGUACUACUGCAACCAAUGUGGAAAGAGCUUCAGUCGAGGGGAGAAUCUCAAAAGACACCAGAGGAUCCACAUCGGAGAAACUUUGCAGUUACGGCAAGCAUGGAGUGAGCAACAGUUCUGAUUAGUUCAUCACAUAAUGCGCAAAUUAAUAAAUCAGAGGUUACUUUUGUGGUGAAAAUGUGAAUGACAAUUUUUGAUCUGUGCCCUAAGUUUAAGAAACAGUUGCCAGUAUGUUACAGAGGAUGUAAAAAGGCUAGUCUCUAGUAGCUCAUUGGGAAUUCUCACAACAAUUUACUUGCUGCUGUAAUUCCUAGAGCUGUAUUCAACGAAGGAAAGUCGUUGUCAACAGAUCAUUUCUACUCCUAAAACAAUUGAUAGGAGGAAAAAAACGUUAUCUUGAGAAUAACUAAAUGCAUGCACUGAGUGCACAUUACCUGCUAACCUUAUUAGCCUAAAUUCAUUAUACAUAAGCAUAUGUGGUUAGUAUUUGCAGCAUAUUAAAUCAUUUUGACCUUAUUAUUUUAUACUGAGAUUAUAACAACAGAUUCAGCAGAAACCAUGACGCACCUGCCCCUAUUCAUGUGAUUUCUGAAAAUACAAAUAUAUCCCAGCACAAAAGCUGUCAGCGAAUAUAAAGCAGAUUAGUUAGCUCGUCAUUUUUAGAUGAAAUGCCAUAUUGGUUGUUGAGCUGUGAUAUAUAAAUUGCUGUCAGCAAAAUUUAAACUAGUCUUUUUGGGCAUUUCUGUAAACAUAAUGCAGCCGCAGCAGGACUUUUGUGACAUGGUGUCAGCUCUCCAUUACGUUAGGCCAGCUCAAAGUUGUGAAAACAUGGAGGUGUCCAGAGGUAGUCUGUUCCUCUCGCUGCCAAAAAAAAUGGUUUAAUCCUGGAGCACUUUUCUCCUUUUUAAAAGGAACACCGAUAAUUGUCUGACUGAUUAGAAUUUGGUCUGAUGAGAACAUAUAAGCCAAACAGUUGACCAGACCUGGAGACAGUCCUAAUAAUUGUGUUGUUUGUUUUUGUUUUGUUUUGUUUUUAAAGUUCCUCCAAACACAACGAACAGGGCUGCAGUAGCUGAUCCUUUACCAGAGAGGCUGAUGCUUUGCAGAUGGAGAUGCACUCAUACAGAGGCACACUGUCAGAAUGUAAAUUAGUUUCUUCGAAAUAUUUUUUUUUCUCAUGAGGACAGCUGUGGAAUUUAAAUGAAUAGACAGUUGAAUUUGCAAACGAGUUAGAAAUUUUAACAUGUAAAACAGUUUGGGGGUCAUUUCAAUUCAUUUGGUUGACAAGACUGUGUGGUGCAGACUAGGACACUUUGACGUUAACUCUGUUGCACCUGUUAAGAGUUUGAACAUCACACUUUCUGCCGUAUUUCUACAUUAUUGGUCUCUCUAAUGUUGAAUAUCUCAUGUAAUUCCAGGUUUAGCUGUGAGAGGAAACUUUUCGACAAUGGCAUUUGCUUUACAAAAGCUGUAUUUGGACAUGUCUGCUCGUAUUGAUUUUGGUCUAAACAGAUGUUACAUCUAAAAAGCAGGUUUAUUAGUUUUGGCUGACACUGUUAUAUAGUGUAACACAUGCAGAAUGGGCUUUCAUAUUAAGUAAAUGUCCAAGAUAAGGAUGGAAACUUUGUACAAACCUGAACAGCAUGAUUGUCAUUAAAACUGCCUGUUAUUCCAGACUGAUUUAUUGCUUGCUUGUUUGUUGAAUCUAUUUAUUGCAAUCUGAAAUAGAGCUGCUGAAGCAAUAAAUUAAUUUAUUACCACAACAAAUGGCUCAGUAAGUGACGUUUCAAGGAAACUGGUCUUAAGCAGGCUGGUUAACAUCAGUCACAGGCUGGUCUGAAGUCUGGUCUAGUUUAUUAUUAUUAUCUCCUUAUAUCUCCUGAGGAUGUGGUGAAUAUUUUACAUCAUGAGUUGUUUGGUUCAAGUAAUUUGCUAAUGGUUGAACGUGUGAGAUAUUAUCACAAGAUUUGACCCACCAGAUGGAAGCAAACACAAGUGAUUACAACGACUUCAACAGUAUUUAACUAAGACAUUGAUUCAAAUAGUUGCAUUUCAGAAACAGUAGCUCCAUGUACAAGAUACAGUUCAAAAGCCAGAUGAAGAGGGAAUAUAUAUUAUACACUACCUGAUGACACUGUGAUUACUUUGUGAAUCUUUUGUCAUAUUUAAUACCAUAGGUGUAUAUUUCAGGAGGAAUACACCACUUUAAUGUUUACAUCUGAAUUUAGUGUUUCCCUUAUAAUGGUCUACAAAUGGUCUACUUUUGUGACUUAGAUGAAAAAUUAAACAUCUAAUUUCUAUUA